UGCUGGGAUUACAGGCGUGAGACACCACGCCCGGCCUUAGUACCUGUUUUUAUGUUGCUGUAAACAUCAAGGGUCAGUAUGUGUAAAUGCAGAGGACAAUAGUAUCUGUGCUCAAUAAACAUCAGUUACUGUCACAGCACGAAGUGAUCAGUAAUUUUUCUGGAUAGGAGUCUGAUUCCUGGGCUCAAUGAGGCAGCGUGAGGAGCACCCACCCAGGUCCUAACCAGGUGGUAUCACUUACAUACUCACUGUCAGGCUAUGAUUAAAAAGAAAAAGGAGCUUGCUUUGUGGGGAUCAAAACAACCUGCAGAGAAAGCCAAUUGCCGAUGCUGAAAGUGUGGAGCGGCCUCAAGGCUUUGUGUGUUUCCUGGGGAAAACAGUGGCAUUUGGGUUCUCUGCGCCUCUGGGUCAGAUCUUUGACAAGGUCAAGGGUCUGUUGUGUCGGCUGGGCACACAGCCCAGGGCACACACAUCCAGACCGUGAUUAGCUCAAGUUUGCCAACAGAGACUUCAAGGAGGAGAUUGCCAGAGAAGUGCAAUUAAGGGCACCUAUUGAGUACAUAUAUACCCACUGGCAUAUAUUAGCCCAAGCAGAAAGAAGGUGUACUGGGGGGAAAAGUUAUGGGAGCAAAGCAGGAGGAGGGCCAGGCCUGGUUUCAUAGGCUGGGGCUCUGGUUGGGGGUGAUAGGAGGACUCAGGAAGCGGUGCUGGGGAGAUCCCUGUGGAGGAUGUGGCCUUGGUGUAUACGCUAGUAGCCAACAGGAGCACCAUGGCCAUUGCUAGCCCCUGUGGUGCCAAUUAGAAAAAGAUGUCUCCGCUGAGGACACCAGUGAGAAAAAGUCACCCCUUUUGGUGGGAGGACAGGGGCAAGCACAGCCUCGUAGAAGGCCACGUAGCUGGGCAGCCGAACUUGGGCUGGAUUUCAGCCCUCACUGGUGUCCUCUGGCCAGUGGACAACCUGAGCACCUGUACAUGGUGGCGCUGGAAGCCCCUGUGGCUCUUACCGUGACAAGUCCAAGAAGAGAGCAGCGUCGGCCGUGUUCAAGAAGUGUCUGAACCGGGCCCAAUGGCACAUGCCUAUAGUCGUAGCUACUCGUAUGAGACCAGCCCGGGCAACAUAAACCCUGUCUCAAAAAGAAAACAGUUCCACCCACUUCCAUGUAGUCCCCUAGAGAUGAGGGGGCUGGGAUGUCCCUUGCCCACGGCCACCCCACGGCUGUGCCUCCUCACUGUCUGUGUUUUCCUCUCUGGCGGGGCGCGGGGCGGCCCCUAGGUGUCCAGCCACAUACAGGUUCUAGCUCGGAAGAAGGUGCGGGAGUACCAGGUUGGCAUCAAGGUAUGUUGGGUGCCUGCUGGGGGCCAUCAGCCCUCCUGGCCCCUCACCUGCGGCACUAUCUCUGCAUAGCUCAGGCCUCUCCUUGGCCCGCUCUCCAGCCCCACUGUGCCUCUUUUCUGGCUGAAGCUCUGUUCCUGCCUCUCCUUCCGCUCUUUCUGUUCUUUUUCUUUCUUUCUUUUUCUCUCUGCAGGUCUCUAGCCACUUGCAGGUUCUAGCCAGGCGGAAAUCUCGGGAGAUUCAGUCCAAGCUGAAGGCCAUGAACCUGGACCAGGUCUCCAAGGACAAAGCCCUUCAGAGCAUGGCAUCCAUGUCCUCUGCCCAGAUCGUCUCUGCCAGUGUCCUGCAAAACAAGUUCAGCCCACCCUCCCCUCUGCCCCAGGCCGUCUUCUCCACUUCCUCGAGGUUCUGGAGCAGCCCCCCUCUCCUGGGACAGCAGCCUGGACCUUCUCAGGACAUCAAGCCAUUUGCACAGCCAGCCUACCCCAUCCAGCCGCCCCUGCCGCCAACACUCAGCAGUUAUGAGCCCCUGGCCCCGCUGCCCCCAGCUGCUGCCUCUGUGCCCGUGUGGCAGGACCGCACCAUUGCUUCCUCCCGGCUGCGGCUCCUCGAGUACUCAGCCUUCAUGGAGGUGCAGCGAGACCCUGACACGUACAGCAAACACCUGUUUGUGCACAUCGGCCAGACAAACCCCGCCUUCUCAGACCCACCCCUGGAGGCAGUAGAUGUGCGCCAGAUCUAUGACAAGUUCCCCGAGAAAAAGGGGGGACUGAAGGAGCUCUAUGAGAAGGGGCCCCCUAAUGCCUUCUUCCUCGUCAAGUUCUGGGCCGACCUCAACAGCACCAUCCAGGAGGGCCCAGGAGCCUUCUAUGGGGUCAGUUCUCAGUACAGCUCUGCUGAUAGCAUGACCAUCAGCGUCUCCACCAAGGUGUGCUCCUUUGGAAAACAGGUGGUAGAGAAGGUAGAGACUGAGUACGCCAGGCUGGAGAACGGGCGCUUUGUGUACCGUAUCCACCGCUCGCCCAUGUGUGAGUACAUGAUCAACUUCAUCCACAAGCUGAAGCACCUGCCCGAGAAGUACAUGAUGAACAGCGUGCUGGAGAACUUCACCAUCCUGCAGGUGGUCACGAGCCGGGACUCCCAGGAGACCCUGCUUGUCAUUGCUUUUGUCUUCGAAGUCUCCACCAGCGAGCACGGGGCCCAGCACCAUGUCUACAAGCUCGUCAAAGACUAGGGUACCCUCUGCGCCUCCGUAAGGAUGCAGGGUGAGCAUCUCCUCUCCACAUCUGCCUGGCACCCCUAGGGGGGGUCCAGGAUUGAGGACUCAUCUACCUGCCAGGCCUCAGGCCCAGGACCCAGGAGGCCUCCCCACCUACCCCAGCACACACACUCCCUGCCACUGUUCUGCGCUUUGAGAGGAGGGCUCAGCAGUGGGGCAGCCUGCCCGCAGCGCUGACCCACCAUCACUCCGCUCUGCCCAGCCUCAUAUGACCUCAGAGAGGUGGGGAGGGGGAACACCUUCAGCCUUUGGCAUGUGUGGCCACUGCCCCACUGUCGGGGAGUGUCAUGGGCAGGUGAGGGCAGGAUGGAGACUGAGGGAGUCAGCAAGUGGAGGCCCUGGGAAAGGAGAGUGUCAGGUCGGGGUUGGGCUCUGAGGGCAGAGGGGCCACACUUCUUUGCCCCUUCCGUGUGCCGGGCUUCGUGCCCAGACUCCUUGCCUGGCUUGUGCGGUGCUAGACUCUGCACAGCGAGUGUGGGUCUCCAGGUUUCCGAUGAAGUGCCGAGGCUCCAGGAAGUUGAGGGACCCACAGGAGAGGUGGGCAGAGCUGGAGUUCUCGUCCAGGGCUGCCUGUUCCCAGAGCCCAGGUUUACACUACCUCCCUGGGGCGGCGCUGGCCACAGGGGCGGGGAGAGGCUCUGCAGUGUGAAGAGUGGAGCCGCCUCAAACUCCUCGAGGACAGCUGGGUUAGGGGAGCACCUGUUUCUACAGCAGCAGACCCUGUUAGGCACCCCAUCAGCCCAGAAGCCAACCAGGGGGGCUCCAGGAAGAUGGGGCAAGCCCCAGCACCCUCCAGAUUGAGGGCAAGGUAGAGGAAGGAGUCCCAGCCUCUGGGCAGACCAGAAGCCCGGAGGGAGGGCUAGCAGAAGGCUUUUGGUUUUUCUCUUGCCCAAGGCUGGGAUCUGGCAAACCUUGGUGGGCACUGCUCCCUUAGGUUCUUCACCUCAGUCUACCUGCCCGGAGCAGCAGCUCCCAGACCCAGUGCUGGGACUUGAAGGUUAACCCUUCCCCUGCUGCCCCUUCUCAACACCCAGGCCCCCAGAGCCAGCCAGGCCUGACCAGCAGCCACCUGUGGGUAUUUAUGAGUUUCAUAUGAAGUACUGUGCCCCUUCCCUUCCUCAUCCGGACCCUGCCCGAGCUUCCUGAAGGUCCUCACCGUUUGCAUAUCGCUCAGGCCACCUCCAAACCCCACCUAGGUUUUAUAAUGUAUAUUAUAUAUUUUUUUGUGUAUUUUUAAAAUCCAGCUGUGAUGGGUUGUAUCAUAAAUGUGGCUUGGGGUUGGGGCAGGGGCCAUCAAGGCCCAGCUCCUGCUCA